AUGAGCACAAAAGCACAUAUCAUCGACUUUGAGAAGCAAAACCCUAUUGAUCGGGGAACCGGUGUGAAAACCGUCCCGUUAGCCGGUAAAUGGAUUGAUUCCACGUCACUCACCAACGGCGUGACAAUGUUUGACCCCGGCGCAGCAAUCGCACGCCACUACCACAACUGCGAUGAAUCCGUUACGAUUCUUGAAGGCGAAGCCUCCUGUGAGGUUGAUGGUGAGGUCUUCGCCAUGAAAGCCUUAGACACGACAUUCGUUCCCGCUGGCAUCCCGCAUCGGUUCUGGAAUGAAAGCGACGCACCCAUGAAAAUCCUAUGGACCUAUGCUUCUGUCAGCGUGACCCGCACCUUUACAGAGACAGGCGAAACCGUGGAACACUUGUCACCGGGCGAUCAGGCGGUUGUCAAAUAA